UUUCCUGAUUUCUAGGGGUUAUUUUCUAUUACAGUAUUAUAUGUGUUUUUACACAAUUAUCUGAAUACAAUCUUCAGUACUGUGGGAUGAAAGACACCUGACCAUGCAUCGAUUUCGUGUUCGUCUAAAAAACUUUACUACCAACAUCUAUCGUGGUGCUUAUCAGAAUAAACAUGGGUCUUUAUGGUACUCGAGCAGUUCGAAAAAUGUGCAACUGGAGAAUGAAAUGUCGACUCGAAAUAUAAGAAAACUAGUAAUAGCUAAUAGGGGUGAAAUAGCAUGUAGAGUUAUGAAGACCGCAAAAAGAAUGGGAAUUUCAACUGUAGCAGUUUACAGUGAGCCUGACAAACAUCAACUACAUGUUGAAGUGGCAGAUGAAGCAUAUUGUAUUGGACCUGCAGCCUCGCAGCUUAGCUAUCUAAAUACGGAAAAUAUAUUCAAUGUGAUUCGCACAAGUGGCGCUGAGGCUGUUCAUCCUGGUUAUGGGUUUCUUUCAGAAAAUGCAGAAUUUGCUGAUGCUUGUGAAAGUAAAGGUGUAAUAUUUGUUGGACCACCUUCAUCUGCAAUUAGGGACAUGGGUAUAAAAAGCACAUCUAAGAAGAUUAUGUCAUCUGCAGGAGUACCCAUUAUUGAAGGUUAUCAUGGAGAAAACCAAGAUGAUUCUUUUUUACUGAAAAAAGCACAAGAAAUUGGAUUUCCUGUCAUGAUCAAGGCAGUUAGAGGCGGAGGUGGUAAGGGAAUGAGAAUUGCAGAAACAGAAAGUGAAUUUCAGGAACAACUUGAGUCAGCAAGGCGUGAAUCCAAAAAAUCCUUCAAUGAUGAUAUAGUUUUGAUUGAAAAAUUUGUAGAAAGACCAAGACAUGUUGAAGUUCAGGUGUUCGGGGAUAGUCAUGGAAAUGCUGUUUAUUUGUUUGAAAGAGACUGCAGUGUUCAAAGGCGGCAUCAAAAAAUUAUAGAAGAGGCUCCUGCUCCUAAUAUAUUAGAAAAGACUCAAAAACGAAUGGGUGAAGCAGCAGUGCGUGCUGCUCUGGCUGUUGGAUAUGUUGGAGCAGGAACGGUGGAAUUUGUUAUGGACCCUAAUGAAAAUUUUUAUUUUAUGGAGAUGAAUACCAGGUUACAGGUUGAACAUCCUGUGACGGAAAUGAUAUCUUCAACUGACUUAGUAGAAUGGCAACUUCGAGUUGCUCAAGGUGAAAAAAUCCCGAUGAAUCAGGAGCAACUCACAUGCAGAGGACAUUCAUUUGAAGCAAGAAUUUAUGCCGAAGAUCCUGAUAACAAUUUCAUGCCUGGUGCUGGAAAUUUGCAACAUUUAUCCAGUUUGACAGAUAUUUACUCUGAUCCUGCUGUUCGAUUAGAGACUGGAGUUAGACAAGGUGAUGAUAUUUCACCUUAUUACGAUCCAUUGAUGGCUAAAUUGGUCGUUUGGGGUCCUGAUAGAACCAGCGCUCUUCAGAAGUUGAUACAAAAUCUGGAUGAAUAUAGUGCUGUGGGUGUGCCUACUAACAUAAGAUUUUUGAAAAAACUUGCUACGCAUCCGGAAUUUGUGAAAGGCAAUGUACACACCGGAUUUAUUGAAGAACAUGAAGCUGAACUAUUCCCAAAAGCACUUUCAGUCGAUCCAACAACGUUAUGUAAAGCUGCACUAGCGGUUGUUUUGAACGAACAAAAUCAAAAUUUCAUUUCUCCAUUCGAUCUGUCUACUGGAUUCAAAGUCAAUUUGCCAUCACAUCAAGUUAUUCCAAUUAAGGUUGAUGAGGUUGAGUUGAAAGUUGAUGUUGUAAAAAGAAAUGGGCGUAAUACGGAGUAUACAAUGAACGUUGACGGAAAGUGCUUUGAAGUAUCUGGAAGUUUGGAGACAAUUUCGGGAACGACCUGGGUGAGAUCAGUCAUCAAUGGAGUUUCAAAUAAAACAAAGUUGUUUUUUGACCAGACUGGGUCGAAAAAAAAGAUAAGAGAGUCUGAUACUCUCACACUGUUUUUGCGGGAUGGAAUCUGUCAAAUACUUUUUCCUUUGGCCAAAUUUUAUGAAUCUUUUUCACAAACAACAGGUAGUGGUGGCUCUGGAGCUAUUGCACCAAUGACUGGAACAGUAGAAAAAAUACUAGUUUCUCAUGGUGAUGAGGUUUCAGCUGGGCAACCUCUCGCUGUGAUGAUUGCGAUGAAAAUGGAACAUACGAUACGAGCACCACAUGCAGGUGUUAUCCAGACUGUUCUUUUUAGUGAGGGUGACACAGUAGAACGUAAUUCACCAUUAUUCACAUUUAAAAUAGGAGAUGAGUGAUAUUAUUUGGUUGUAGUACAUUCAUUUUACUUGGAUAUGCGUGAAAUCUAUUUUUGAAUAGGGUAGAAUAUAAUAUUGAUCAUGGAGCUAA